UUACCUGGUACUGGAACAACCGCCUAGCUCAAAGGAGCGUGUUCUUAUCAAAUGCCUCAUAAGCAGUCAUCGGUUCAUAGGCAUUCAAUUCUGCAGUUCAUUUAACCGCCGACAUAGUAUCACACCCACCCACGAGGGUUUACGGAGUGGUUUCUUUUCCGAUUGAUGUUGCGCGUGCUUGGCGGAGUUGAAAUGGAAUAUAAGAACGAGUAAUUUGUUCGUCGAGGACUCGUGGUGCUCCAACAUGGCCUCCUAUCCAGCAGCGUUCUCACUUCAGUACCGCGAUACACUGCUGAAUGUGACAUUGCUCGAAUCUCUGCUCUAUGGGAUGUACACUACUGUUGUGGCUUUUACGAUCUGGGUAGUCGCUGUCCGUGAUAAAGGCAGAGAUCGCCUCAUUCAUGGCGGACUGGUCCUCGCAAUGCACCUCAUCGCCACAUCCCAUCUCGCUGUUCGAUGGGAUUUCAUCCGAGGGGGGUUCAUAAGACAUGGCCAAACGGAGGAAACGACAUACGACUAUUUCUUCGAUGCGCCCAAGUGGAUGCUCCUGAGCACAGCGGCUUUCAUGGCAAAUACCCUUAUCGCAGAUUGCAUCAUGAUCUGGCGGUGCUGGAUCAUCUGUGGCCGAAAAUGGAUGUUCGUCGUCGUGCCAGGGCUAUGUACCAUCGUUGGAACGAUUUUCGCAGGUUUCAGCAUCUACCAACAAACGGCUACGCCUCCCCCCGGGAGCGCAUGGAGCACCGCCCAGAUCGACUGGUUGCUCCCCUACUUCUCCAUGUCGCUUGCCGUAACGCUGCUGUGCACGCUGCUCAUCAUAUAUCGGAUCACAGCUGUUAGACCAAGUAUCAAGAAGGAGACGCGCUGGCUCUGGUCCAUAGAGGCCAUCAUCGAAUCCGCAGCGCUGUACGCUAUAGCGCUGAUCAUCCUGUUGGCUUUCUACGCCACGAAUGAUGUGCAUACGAACUAUCCGAUAGUCGUUGCGACUAUAAUUACUGUGAGCUUCGCUUUGGCGCUCUCUCUCUCUUCCCCGGGGUUGAUGGAUGUGCUAUCCUUAGGGCCUGGCGCCUACGCUGAUCGUUGCUCGGGUAUCAGUAUCGGGCGGUGCGACGAUGACGAGGAGGAUGCCGGAAUCGUCCUCAUCCUCGUCCUGGCAUAUGUCUCCGCGGUCUUUCUGGGCAUUUUACUGUCCAAGGAGCGGUUCCACAGAGUGUAAUAACGCGUGUCUGGCAUCUCAUGCUUCUUGCGAAUCUGAGGUUGAGAAAGAAAAAGAGUAUU